AAAAUACUCACAAUCAUUAAUAAUUCGUAAAAUUGUAUCUCAUACUUGUUUAAACUCACUGAAAAAAAUUUAACAGUAUUUGCUUGUAACCAGACAUAUUACUUGUUAAGAAAAUUUUUAUAAAGUUGUUUUGUAAUCUUACCAAUUGGAAAAUUCUUUUUUUUUUAAUUCCUGUCGAAUUUUAUUAAAUUCUGGUAUUAUAUUCAGCUGUUUAAAUAUAUACAGUUUUAUUUAUAACUUAAAUGAAUAAAAAGCAACAAACUUUUAGUUUUGAUUGUUAUUUUUCACCAGGAUUGGGUGGUUGAUAAUAACAUGGAAAACAUGGAUGAAUUGCGAUGGUGGAUUGGACUUAAUGAUGUGAAACAAGAAGGUCAUUUUUCAUGGAGUGACGGAACACCUUAUAAUAGUAGUAUAGCAAAUUGGAAAUAUGGUGAACCAAACAACGCCUAUAUGGAGAACUGUGCUGAGAUUUGGAUUGCUGAUCCAAUAGUUAACGAUAAACAAUGGAAUGACAAUUCCUGUGAAGCUACUCGUACUUUUGUUUGUAAAAGGCCAACGGGAACAUUUAGUUCAUGUCCCAGCAAUUAUGUGAAUUUGGGCGAUCGAUGUUAUUAUGUUUCAUCUUUAUCAUCUCAGUGGCAAGAUGCACAAGCUGAAUGCAAAAAGCAAGGAGCUAAUCUUGCUUCAAUUGGUUCUGGUGGCGAACAAACUAAUGUUGAAUCCUUGAUCAACGGCUACAGUGAAAAUUUUUGGAUUGGUCUUUCUGACACGGCAAGUCCAGAUACGUUGACCUGGGUUGACACUGCAACAGUGUACAGCUACAAACACUGGGCUCCAAACCAACCACCAAACCCCCUUCCAUACCAUGGCAGUACAUGCACAGAGAUAAGCCAAAUAUUAGGAUGGACAUGGAAUGUGGUCAAAUGUUCAGUAGAAAAGAGGUUUAUUUGUGAACGUGGUUUAAAAGCUCAAUGUCCUACUGGUUGGUUGUACUUUGCUGGGAGCGGUAAAUGUUAUGAAUUUGAUAUUAACCCAAAUAGAAAAUCAACAUGGACUACUUCAAAGGAGAUUUGUCUUGGCCUGGGUGGUGGAAUGCUUAAAAUAUUGGACCAAGAUGAAGAAACAUUUGUGGGAAGUGUGUUGGAAUCCUACGCCAGUAACGGUCACCCCCUCGUGUGGUUGGGUGCGUCUGAUAUCGGACACGAUGAUCAAGUCACUUGGUGGGAUCAAACCAACAUAGAAACACCAUUUUGGAGUUCACACAUGCCCGAUUAUGUGCAAGGAAGGGAUGAUUGUGUUGCUCUUUAUACGGGGCGAACCACAAGUAAUUGGGAGACAGCAACUUGUUUUGAAGAAAGGGGUCACAUAUGUGAAAUUCCUGAAGGACAAGGUCUACCAGCUGCACCAGUUGUAACAGUUGAGGGUCGUUGUGAUGAAGGCUGGAGACAUCUAAAAGGUUUUUGUUAUUUUUUUGGUUCAAUGGAAAAAACUCAACAAAAUGCUGAAUCUUACUGUGUGUCUAAAAAGUCUCAUCUAACCAGUAUAACUACAGAUGAUGAAUUGUCUUUUAUUGUUGGCAACCUUCAACAAACAAGUUGGAUUGGUUUGAUGAAGCAAGGGGGAGGUUUUAUUUGGAAAGAUGGAACAACAGACACCAGUUAUGAUAAUUGGAAAAACAACGAACCAAAUAAUGAUGGAAAUUGUGUUUCUAUUGAUCAACAAGGGGAGUGGAGCGAUGGUUCUUGCUCCAUCAUGUGGUCAUUUGUUUGCAAAAAAGAUGAGAUUCCAACACAAACUGUUACCAUCCCUCCUCCAAGUUAUGUCCCAGAUUUAGAAAAAUGUGGCGGUAAUGGUUAUAUAUCAGACCCCAGCAGCGACAGAUGUUACAAGGUGAAUCUUGAUCCUCGUAGUUGGAUCGAUGCUCGAUACGCAUGUCAAGUUGAUGGCGGUGAGUUAGCUGGUAUCAACUCACCACAGGAGAAUGCUCAUGUAUUCUCUCUGAUAGAAAAUAUUCCAAAUGAAGUUUACUUUUGGAUUGGUGGGAGUGAUCAAAAUAGUUUCAAUGUUGAACUACUGGAACAAGGAUGGAGUUGGUCAGAUGGAAGCCCAUUCAAUUAUAUUAGCUGGGCACCUGGAGAGCCAAAUGGUUUUGAUUCCACUGAAGAUUGCCUUGAAAUGUACGGCACCAACGGAUUAUGGAAUGAUAAUUAUUGUUACCGAUACCAACCAUCUGUUUGUGAGAAAAAAGGCGACGUGACCAACAUAGUUGGACCUGAUAUUACUGAUGAUAACUGUGAUAGUAACGAGGCAUGCUGCUUCAGACACCUUGGAGCAGAGUAUGGUGGUACACUACCUGAUUCAGCAAUGUCCGCGUCAACAGAACGUGAUCAGUGGUUCAGUGCUGACAGAGGUCGACUUAACACACCUUCAGAUGUUAUCAUUAUUUCUGUUGAAAAUGAGAUUUCAUUUGGAAAUGGCCACGGUGCUUGGUCGGCUUCAUUUGAUGAUCCCAACAAAUGGAUACAAGUUGAUUUGGCGGAUAGAUCAGAAGUUAAAGGGAUAAUUACGCAGGGUCGUAAUGGGAUCAUACAAUACUCUGAGAGACAGUGGGUAACGUCAUUUAAAGUGUCAUACAGUCAAGAUGCAAGUUCAGGCAAAUGGGAAUUUGUUUCCGAUGAAAAUGGUGAUCCAAUCGAAUUUCCAGCAAACUCUGAUCAAAACACCCAAGUCACCAACUUAUUUCCCCGACCCCUCAUUGCUCGUCACAUGAGAUGUCACCCGAUAACUUGGUUUGAUGCUCCUUGUAUGAGGUUGGAAUACAUUGGCUGUAAAAGCUCAUGUGUUAACAAGCUUGGAAUGAACAGUGGUCUUAUUGCUGAUGAUCAUAUAACGGCAUCAAGUCAGAAGAAUGGAAGGGAAGCAACAAAAGCCCGUCCACCAGUUGAUUCAAAUGAAUGCUUAGCAAGCGCUUCAGAUAAUGGAGCUAACUAUCGUGGUUGGAUUUCAAAAACUGUAUCAGGAAUAACUUGUCAGGAUUGGUCUUCUCAAUCACCUCAUCCCCACAGCUUCACAUCAGACAAAUACCCAACAUCAGAUUUACGGAAUAAUUUUUGCCGAAACCCUGAUGGGAAGUCCUCACCCUGGUGUCUUACUACAGAUCCUAAUGUGGAAUGGGAAAGUUGUUUUGUACCAGUUUGCCCAAGUUAUUUAGGUUCUGGUUGGUCACCCACAUCCACAAGUUCAUCACAAUAUAUUCAAGUUAUGUUUGAUGAUUAUUACAAAGUGUCAGGUGUAACAAUAUACGGAACUACAUCGUCGUUGGCAACAUACCAGAUCGGUUUCAGUGACGAUGGGAGUAAUUUCAAGUUGUACCAGGACCAAACUGGUUCUAACCACGUAUUUACUGGACUGACAAAUGGCUUGACCGAGUACACAGACAUUUUGCGUGAACCGGUUUCAACGAGAUUCAUCCGGAUUUAUCCACAAUCAUGGAACAAUGAUCCAAUCAUGCAGUUUGAACUACUCGGCUGUUAUGUCAAUAACAGAGUAACUUGUAAAGACACAGGCACAAUAUGGUCAGGUGACACAGAUACGUUCACGCUUGACUGCCCAGGAGGUUGUGUUGAGGAUAUUGGGGCAGGAACUGUGUGGGGAACAGAUGUUUAUACCUUGAAUUCUGCUGUGUGUCCUGCAGCAGUACAUGCUGGUAAAGUAUUGAAUUCACAUGGGGGAAGUGUUAUCAUGCAAAACAUGGGGGGACAGCUCUCAUAUCUUGGUACAUACAGGAAUGGAAUCACUUCACAAUCUUUUGAAUCUUAUUCUGCUUCAUUUGUGUUCAGUGGUCAAAGUUUGAGAUGUGAUGAUGGUUGGUUGGCUUGGAAGGAUCAUUGUUAUUACUUAUCACCAAAAGGAAUCCUUGUUAACUGGCAUGAUGCAAGAUCUGCUUGUAUCAGUUUAGGUGGUGACUUGGUGUCCAUUCUAUCUGAAGGGGAAAAUAGUUUCAUAGAAUCGCAAGUAUAUGUUGCAGACCUAGGAGAUGAUGUAUGGAUUGGAUUAAACGAUCUGGAUACAGUUAAUUACUACUUGUGGGCAGAUGGAACUCCUGUUACAAUGACUAAGUGGUUUUGGGAUGAACCUAAAUCAACAACACACAGAUGUGUGAACAUUUACCGGUUUGAAGGUUAUUGGAACGAUAAAAAAUGCGAUGAAUUGUUGCCGUACAUGUGUAAAAGUGAGAAGCAACUUCUUCCACCUCUCGUAACUCAACAACCUCCAAUAGAUGAAGGAUGUGAUCCAGGAUGGAGGGCUUAUGAGUCUUCAUGUUACAAAGCAAGCACAGACGAAUACAUGUUCAUAUACGCCAACAGACAUUGUGAAGAAAAUGGGGCAACAUUAGCAAGUGUUCAUGAUGAUUUUGAACAAGCAUUCAUAUUUUCACUGGCAGUGAACACACUUCCAGCAGGGCUGGGUUACACUUCAUGGAUUGGGUUAUCAGCCAAACUUACACAAAGUGGUUCAUUGUAUUACACAUGGGAGACUGGGGAGUUGGUCACUUACACUAAGUGGGAUAAAAAUGAACCAGAUGUAAGAUUUUCUUGUGCGUUCCCAUUUGUAUACCAAGGUGUAACAUACUAUGAAUGUACAACUUAUAACCACCCUGGUGGUAUAAAGGACACACCAUGGUGUAGCAUUGAUCCAGUGUAUAGAGGAAGAUGGGUGGAUUGUGGAAAUGGUAACGAAUAUGGUUGUACAUACAUGGAUGACCAAACAGGUUUCUGGCAGAUUGAUAUUUGUGGUCAGAAUCGAUAUUAUGUUUGUGAGAAAGACAGAGUUGGUUAUACACAGCCAUCCACAACUACAAUAGAUCCAACAGCAAGCUGUAGUAAGGGUUGGUAUGGUGAUGAAAGUACUGCUGCGUGCUACCAGAUCAACAGUUUCACGGAUCAAGCAAGUCGCGCGUCGUGGCAAGAUGCGUUGGAUCAUUGUCGAGCACAACAAGCGGAUCUCGUUUCAAUCCAUAGUUAUGAGGAGGAAGCUGCAGUGAGCAACUUUGUUGUGCAGGAUGGUGUUUUUUCGAGCACUUCCUUUUGGAUGGGGUUAACCUCAUUAGAUGACGAUAGUGGUUACGCAUGGACCGACGGAACUCCUGUUAGUUACACAAACUGGGCAACUGGGGAACCAAGCGACCACAAUGGUUUAGAAAACUGUGUUGAAAGUCAGUUCAGUUACUCAUCUCCGUGGAAUGAUUUAAAUUGUGAUGCGCUUCGAAACUGGAUUUGUAAAAUUCCGAAAAAUAAAUUUCCUCGUCCCCCACCCACUCUACCACCACCUGGUGGCCAACCAUCGACUGAAUGCGGACUGGACGAACAAUGGAUUCGGUUCCAGCCAAGUUAUGGACUUGACAAAUGUUAUUUAUUUGUUGAUGACAUCACUGUGGGUUGGUCGUUUGCUGAGAAAAAUUGUACGGCUCGGGGUGGACACCUUGUGGCCAUUCACAGCGCUGAUGAAAACUCAUUUUUAUUGAGUCGUGCUUCAAAAACAACAGCGAGUAAUAUGUGGAUUGGUUUAAGGGUGAUGGCUGGUGGAGAUGGAACUACGUUUGCUUGGGCCGAUAAUUCACAACUCGAUUACAUUAAUUGGGCACCUGGUGAACCUAAUGGUUAUCUGGGGCAAGAAGAUUGUGCUGAGUUGUCAUCAGGUGGGGGAUUGUGGAAUGAUAACAACUGUGGCAAACCAUCUGGAUAUAUUUGUGAGAAAUAUAUUGGGUCAGAUACUGUGGUGGUUCCCCCUACCCCAGCUGCUAGCGGGGGGUGUCCUGCAGGUUUUUACUCAUAUGGUAAUCGAUGCUGGUAUUUUGGGGGAGUGAAAUCAGAUGAUAAAAUUACAUGGUAUGAUAUGCUGGAUGCAUGUGCUGCAUUAUCUGCUGAAGCUGUUUCUAUUCUUAACUCUUAUGAACAGGCUUAUGUAGCAAGUAUGUUGCCAUCUGUCAAUGGAAACUUAUGGUUGGGUUUGUCCGGUGGAAAUGCAUUGACGUAUCUUUGGAACGAUCAAUCGGAAGUAACUUACACAAACUGGGACAUUGGUGAACCAAAUGCAUAUUACGGAGAUGAUGCUUGUGUUGAGAUGAAAUCAGGAUCAGGAAAUGGUAAAUGGGGAGACACAAGUUGUUAUUCAUACAAAGCAUAUGCUUGUACAACAAGAAGGCAACCUUCAUUAUCUGACCCCACACAACCAUCGUCUGAGUUAUGUAUAGAUGGUUACAUACCAUGGGGGAAUGGGAUUUGUUACCAGAUUGUUGAUCAACUUUCAACUAGAAGUUUAGCAUCAGCUACUUGCCAAGCACAAGGUGACAGUUACAUUAUGAGCAUUGCUGAUUCUUAUGAAAACGACUUUUACAAAAGUUUAUUCUGGAGAAAUCUUCAAAGUGGCAACAACUUAUGGCUUGGUCUCACUUUCACAAGCAAGGUGGUAGUAGAUGAUGAAGGAACAUCUGAUAUCGUGACGACAUUUAAAUGGGACGAUGGCUGGCCCGUUGAAUUUACUAACUGGGCGAAAAAUGAACCAAAUUCUGCAGCUCUUGGUGAAGGUUCAGGUUGUGCUAUAAUGAACAGUGAUGGGACAUGGACAGCUAUGGGUCAAACCCUUUGUGGAACAAGUUCCAGUCCAUAUAUUUGCAAACAGAACCUUAUUACGUUACCAACCACGCCAGACCCCGGUGAAGGCAAUUGUGAUGCUGGGUUCUUUGCUUACGGAACAAACUGUUAUUUUAUUGAGGUUUGGAUGAUUUGA